AUGGAAAAUCAAGAUUAUUUUUUACUUAUAUGGAGGAAUUGUUAUAUUAGAGGUAUAAUAAAAGAACAUUUAGACCUGUAUAAAGCAAAUUAUAAAGUUUUUAUCAGAUCUAGGGAAGAAUUAUUAUCAUUUCAAAACAGAGACUACAUCACAACCUUGGUCUAUGAUAUUAUUGAGGAAGUAUUAAUCAAUGAUAUUCCUCCGUCAGUAAAGACCCUCAUAUUUGGCAACCGUUUUAAUAAAGUUAUAGAGCCUAACACCAUACCAGGGAGUGUAAAGCACUUGGUUUUUGGAACACAUAAAAUAAGAAUUGUCGAUAAAUAUGGAAAUUUUCAUUCGAAAUAUAAUCAAGAUCUAAAUAUAGGAUCACUACCAGUCGGAUUACAAUCACUAGAUUUAGGCAAUUCUUUUAAUAGACAACUUAAACGAGGCCACAUUCCAAUGGGACUAGUUGAACUAAAACUUUCAAACCAAUACAAUUUUCCAUUGGAACCUCAUAUUAUUCCUCCAACAGUUAAAAAGCUAACUCUAGGUAGAUAUUUCAAUCAUCCAAUUAAAAAAGGCGAUUUGCCAGACCUACUAGAACUAUCUCUUGGUGAAAAUUUCGACCAUCCCCUGCGACCCAACCUCCUACCCACAUCUUUGAAAGUUCUUACUCUUAGCUAUCGCUUUAAUCAGCAAAUUAAAGAACUAGACUUUCCUCCAAACCUUCAUACACUUAGGUUUGGUUACCUAUUUAAUCAACCGCUUAAAGAAAAGGAUAUUCCUCGAAGUGUUACAUCCCUCGAACUAGGUGGUGCUUUUAACCACCCAAUUAAAAAAAAUAUAAUUCCUUCCUCUGUAACAGUUUUGAAAUUAUCCAAAAACUUUAACCAACCAUUACUACCAUUAUCGAUUCCAUCUUCUGUUACUCUUCUAGAUUUGGGGAAUGACUUUGAUCAACCUCUAAAAGAGGGCUUAAUACCAUCAGGUGUUAAAUUUAUUAGACUAUCAGAAAGAUUUAACCAGAUAAUUAAAAAGGGUUAUAUUCCAAAUACAUGCGAAACUUUAGCAUUUGGCUUUUCCUUUUCAAAAACGAUCAAUAGAGGUGUUCUUCCAACCUCAAUUAAAACUCUCACCCUGGGUGGCUCUUUUUCACAAGAUCUUGAAAAAGGUGUGAUACCACAAGGCAUUACCGAAUUAAGAUUCGGCCUUAAAUAUAACAAACCAAUCAAAAAAGAUUCUCUUCCCUCAUCAUUAAAAUACCUAAUUUUUGGUGUUAGUUUUGGACAACCUCUCACCCAAGGAAGCAUUCCACAUAAUGUCGAAUAUAUAUAUUUUGGAAAUUCAUUUAACCAACCAAUCAAGAAAAAUGAUUUACCUCCAAACUUAAAAAAAGUAAUUUUUUCAAAUUGUUUCACUCAACCCCUUUUCCAAGAUCACCUCCCACAAUCAUUAGAAACUCUAGUUUUACCAACAAGAUACAAACUACCAUUGGACUUACCAAGUCAUAUAAAAGUAAUUAAAGGAGAUACUUUCUAA